AUGGGGGCGAGCACUUGUCGGCCCGGUCUAGCGGUUCGACGCCAUCGCAGGCACUCUCGCCGCCACGUGCUUGUCUGCCCGAAGUGUCGGGGGCUGUACGUCCGGGAGGUACGCGUUUGCGGCCUCGACGGAACGGCCCUCAAACCCGCUGAUCGCGAUCCUUUGGUCGGCGAGGCGCUCGACCGCUACCAUAUUGAAUCGCGACUCGGCAUUGGCGGCAUGGGCUGUGUGUACCGCGCCCGCCACCACGUUUUAGAGCGGUGGUACGCGAUCAAGGUUCUGUUCGGGGACUUCUCUGCCGACGAAAAGUUCCAGGCGCGUUUUCGGCGCGAAGCCCAAUCGAUGAGCCGGGUACGGCAUCCCAAUGUGAUUUCGGUUGAGGACUUCGGCACGACGCCGGGCGGACUGACCUACCUCGCGAUGGAGUUGAUCGAGGGUGAGACGCUCGAACAGACGAUCGCCAGCUACGCCCCCAUUCCACCGCAGCGUACCGCCUCACUGAUGCGCCAAAUAGCGCGCGGACUGCAGGCGGCCCACGAACGGGAUUUGGUGCACCGCGACGUGAAGCCGUCGAACAUCAUGGUGUACCGCGAGGACGGUCGCGAGACGAUCAAGCUCCUCGACUUUGGGGCCGUGGGUCUGCGCGCCGCACCGCAAGAAACACGACUCACGUCGGUCGGCCACAUCAUCGGCACGCCCACAUACAUGGCGCCGGAACAGACGAACGACGCCGCCGUCACCCCGUCCGCAGAUUUGUACGCGCUGGGCGUCGUGGCUUACGAGAUGGUGACCGGCGCGCCACCCUUUGAAGGUGAACGCCGCGCGGAAGUCUUGGUUCGGCACAUUACCGAGCAGCCCGCCCCCCUGCCGAACCUCAAUGGCUUAGGUCCUUUGGUUAUGCGCCUUCUCGCAAAAAAGCCGGUGGACCGGCCGCCGGGGGCGCGCGAACUCGUGACAGAGCUCGAUGCGCUGUUGAGCCGGCUCGCCGAACCGACGGAGAUCUUGCAACGGCGAGCAUCGGUCUCGCCCCAGAUGCUCGAGCUGGCGGAUGCCCAGAGCAAGAAGGACGAAGCCGAUACGCUUUUGGGGCACGAAGACUUCGGACCGCUGAUUCAAGACCACGACGACGGGUUCGGAGCCUGGGGGCCCGAGGUGCUCACGCCGGCGAACGUACCGGACCCCGCCCUACGACCGCCCUCACACGUGUCGGAAGAAGCGCCGCUCACCGACCCGGAGCAGUCACAACCAAACCCCGUUCUGUUCGAACCGGCGCGUCCGAGUAAUGCGCCGGUCAAUGCCGAUGACGAAGACUCUGAAACUCAGGUUGACUACGACUACGAGUCGCUCGCCAACCUUGAGGGACUGCCCUCGCCCACGAUGCCCGUCGAUACACCGCCUCUGAAUGGAGCGGACGGCCCGGAAGAAGUGAUCGCCUCGUCGACGGUCCUCGAUACACCCGAAGACGAGGCGCAGGCUGCGGGUGUGUCCCGAACAGUUGUUGAUGCCGACCAGGUCGAUGAUGGUUUCGAUUUUCCGCCGAGCGAAAUCCAGGUUGCGGCUGACAGCAUGAAAGCUGAGUUUUCGAAAACGCUGCCGGCGAGCGUGGAUCUCGACUUGAGUGCAUCGGAUCCAACCAUUGAUCCGAUCGACACGCAGAGCACGCCCGAAGCGGCGCGGCCAACGUUGCCCGUCGAAAGCGAAACCGUUCGCCGCGUGGCCGAGGCGGCGCAAACGCUACAGGCCGAUGCCGGUCCAACGAUCAGCGCACCGGCGCCCGUUUCCAGUGUCGACGAUGAUGACUUGGCGCUCGUCGUACCGAGUCCGCCCGGCGAGACCAAAGGUUCGGGCUGGGGUCGGUUGUUUUGGGUCGCCAUCGUCGUGCUGUCACUGGCGUGUGUGGCCUUAGGCUGGAUGCUGCUUGAGCGUCGCGGCUACAUCGAACUCGACGGCGAAACGCCCACCGCGGUGAGCCCGCCGGC